AUGGCAAACGUUUACAACAGUCAGCUUGAUGCAUUCACACAAUAUCAUCAAUAUCAGGAUUCCUCAUCAUCCUCCGCGACCUCAACAGCUCUUCCAGCACUCGGCCAUGCCAUAAGCGGCGCGACUGGGACCGCCAUCUCAAACCUCUGCAUCUAUCCCCUUGACCUCAUCAUAACACGUCUUCAAGUGCAAAGAACUCUCGCAAAUUCCUCCUCUCCUACCUCAAAACAGCCACAGAAAUAUACAUCAGUCGCCGACGCCUUUGAUAAGAUUUACAAUGAAGAAGGAGGGAUCACCGGAUUUUACAGUGGAGUCUUACAAGACACAUCCAAAUCCAUUGCAGAUUCAUUCCUAUUUUUCCUCUUUUAUGGAUACAUUCGUUCAAAAAGAUUACAAUCUCAUCACUCACCCUCCAAAGCUACUCUUCCAGCACUCGAAGAAUUGGGCGUCGGCGCAUUAGCUGGCGGGUUAUCAAAGUUUUUCACCACACCAUUGUCAAACAUUGUCGUGCGAAAGCAAACUCAUUCGAUGACUGCUUCCUCUGACUCAAAAUCUCCAACAAUCUCUUCAAUCAUAUCGGACAUAAGAGAGAAAAAAGGCAUUACUGGUCUCUGGUCUGGUUACAGUGCAUCUUUAAUCCUUACUCUCAAUCCGAGUAUCACAUUCUUUCUCUAUGAGUUUCUCAAACGUGUUAUUAUCCCGAGAGAUAAACGCGAUGAUCCAGGGGCACGAAUAACAUUUUUAUUGGCGGCGGUUAGUAAGGCGAUUGCAAGUAGCAUUACAUAUCCCGUGAGUCUAGCUAAGGCUCGAGCACAAGUCGACGGAUCUUCUUCUCCAGUUAAAAAAGAAACUGUUGAGAAGCUCUCAGACAAUGUGAAAGAUGCAACGAAGAAUGGAUCCAAGAAAUCUGCCCAAGAAGCACAGAAACAUCUCAAAGAUGUUUCCAAGCAAGCAAGAAAAAACACAAUCAUUCAUUCCAUACUCAAGAUCUACAAGGAAGAAGGUAUAGGAGGACUGUACGAGGGUAUCGGAGGAGAGAUUAUCAAAGGGUUUCUAGGCCAUGGAUUAACAAUGAUUGUGAAAGAUCGUGUACAUGAACUCAUUCUCUCACUUUAUUUCAUGGUUCUACGAUUUUUGAAACGCAGUCCCUCGCCAAAAGCAAUUAUCAAUGAUGCGAGAGAAAAAGUCAGGGAGGGAGGUGAGAAUGCCUUACACAGUCUCAAAACAGUGGGCGAGAAUACGCUUCAAUCUGCUCGUGAGAAUGGUUCGAGUCUCGCAUCUACAGCCCAAAAUUCCACUUCCACUAUCGCACAAUCCGCAAAGGACGUCUCGGAUAAAGUAUUCAAUGGUGCUAAAAAUCUCGGGGAAAAGACGAAUGAUAGUGUCCCAACAGCAAAGGAAGCAGGCGGCAAAGCAGCUGCCAUGGGAAACAAUGUUACAGAAAAGACAACAUCGACUACCGAAUACGCGAACAAGGAAGCAGGUCAUUUGCUUGGAAAUGCAGGUGAGCAAUUAGGUGAGAAAAUUGAGGGAUUGGGAGGAGAAAUCAAGAGAGUAGGAAAGGCAGGGAAUGGUGGACAGGAAUAG